UCACAGGCUGUACCUGUACAAAUGGCAACCCAAGGAAGUGUGAAACCCUUUGUGAACUUCAAUGCAAAGCAUGAUGCAGAAGUUUUGCGCAAGGCCAUGAAAGGGAUCGGCACUGAUGAAGAUGCCAUCCUCAUGUUAUUGGCAGCUCGCAGUAAUGCGCAGAGACAGGAAAUAAAAGCAGCCUAUAAAAAGGCUUUUGGCAAGGAUCUAGUGAAAGACUUAAGGUCAGAGCUUGGAGGGAAGUUAGAGGAUCUAAUUGUGGCCCUCAUGUUUCCAUCCACAAUAUAUGAUGCACAUGAACUCCAUAAGGCCAUCAAAGGAGUGGGUACAGAGGACCAAGUUUUAAUUGAGAUCCUGGCAUCCAGGACAUGUGAUGAGAUGAAAGAUAUUGCCAAAGCUUACAAGAAAGAAUAUGGAAGCAAGCUGGAAAAAGACAUCAUGGGUGAUACGUCAGGACAUUACCAGAGGUUGCUGUUGAUCCUUGCACAGGGAAACAAGGAGGAGGGAGUGGAUGAGAGCAGAGUGGAGAAAGAUGCAAAGGAGCUGUUUGCUGCUGGAGAGGAGAAAUUCGGCACGGACGAAGACAAGUUCAUCAACAUACUCGGCAACAGGAGCGCUGAACACCUGAGAAGAGUGUUUGAUGCCUACAAAAAGAUUGCCGGCUGUGACAUUGAAGAGAGCAUAAAAGAUGAGUGCACUGGGAACCUGGAAGCACUGCUGCUGGCUGUGGUUAAAUGUGCAAAAAGUGUGUCUGGUUAUUUUGCUGAAUCCGUUCGAGAGUCUAUGCGGCGUGCCGGCACUGAUGAUGAGACUCUCAUAAGGAUCAUGGUGUCCAGGAGUGAACGGGAUAUGCUGGACGUCAGAGCAAUGUACAAGAAGAAGUAUGGAGAAUCACUUUAUAGCACCAUACAGGAAGACACUGAAGGAGAUUACCAGAAGGCCCUGCUCUACCUGUGUGGUGGUAAUGAUUAGAAAGAGUAUUUUGUGCUACUAUUAUUUACAUCAGUUUAUGUCCAUAUUUGAUCUUCUUGUGCAUAUUUUUGUUCUUUCAGUUGUGUUUAUUUCUACAUCUUUAAUGUUUUAUGGUUUGAGAAUAAGUAGUUUCAGUGUUGGAGAAUAGGAGGGUAUUCUGUGAUUUUUGUGUAUUGAUUCCUUAACAGAAUUUGGUGGUUUUAGAAUUGAAUUGUUUUGCUUGAUGUAUUUUUCAAAACUGUGUGAUGACUUUGAAAAUAAAAAUUGUUAUGGAUAGGUGGGGUGCACAGGGGUCGGGGGGCUUGAGCCAGUGGCCCUUUAAUUGCCGCUUAAGUGCCCUUUUGGUCUGAUCUAGAUGCCCCUGAACUGCGAUUUAAGGGGGACCAGCGAUUGUGCUCUCAUAAUGCCACUGUGCACGCCACUGUUAUGGAGCAUAUUAAUGUUUCAUAACGUCUUUAUGAAGUUCCUCGUUUUGUUUCUGUUGCUCAAAAUAAUACAUUUUCCACUAGAUGGCAGUAUUGCUCUAACAAAUCUUCCCUAUUCCCCCUCAGCCUAUUUUGACCCAUCAAAAGCAGU